AAAAUGGCGACUGUAUUUGUUGUUAUCGAUACGGAUUAUGGCGAGUUCGUCUGAUUUUUACCAGGAUAUUUGGAAAGCAUAAUUUCAAAGGAACUAAAGUUUUUUAUAUCAAUGGCUAGAACUUUAUUUUUUUAUGUAUGUGCAUCUUGAUCCUUAAUUAUAUAUGAGUUGGUUUAAACGUGAAAGCCCACUUCGGGCAAGUUUCGGCCGUAAAUCGUAUACGCCCCCACAGCCGCCUGACGUGAAAACGUGUUUAGAAGCUUUCCAAAGACAUUGGCAACAAGCAUGGAGUGUUAUGGAAAAAACAUAUGUAAAUCCACAGUUUAUCCCUCCAACUAUUGAUGAUGUCACAAGUGUUAUAAACCAUUUUGACCAAAUGGUUAAUCUUCUUCUCCAAGAAAUUGUAUCUAUCCAACAGCCAAAAGGUCAAGAAGUUUUACUUUUAAAUCAUAAUUGUAUCACUUCAGGAGUGGAACAAUUAAUUGAAAGUCCUAUACUCAAAUUAGCACUUUCAGAAAAAAUUUUAGAUAAACUUUUCGCAUGGUCAGUUCUCACAGGAGAAUAUAUUGAUAUUAUGAAGAUAGAACAAUUAAAGCAUUAUGAGAGAUUAGUUAGUCAUUCACCUCAGAAUUUAUUUCAUAAGCCUAUUGUCCGUCCUCUGCUCAGUCUUCUUGCAUCUUGUACAGAUUGUUCUCCGGUAGAAGUAGAAAAACGACUGGUUUUAUUAUUAAAUACAUUGUGUGUUUGUCUCACAAAAUAUCCAGACUUGUUAAAAGUAUUUUUUGAUGCUAGUCCAGAACAGGGAUCAGCAAGAUUUUUGAUUUUUUCACUUCUAAUUCCUUUUGUCCAUCGAGAAGGUGCCAUUGGUCAGCAAGCUCGUGAUGCCUUACUAUUAUGCAUGGCAUUGUCACGACGGAAUGAAAGUAUUGGAAUGUAUAUUGCAGAACAUUCAAAUUUUUGUCCUGUCUUGGCCACUGGUUUAAGUGGAUUAUAUUCAGUUUUACCAAGAAAACUUUCUGUACUUUCUGAAGAUUGGUAUCGAUUUACACCAGAAGAUAUACAAGAAAUGACAGAACUUGCAAUGUUUCUCAAUUCAUUAGAAUUUUGUAAUGCUGUGAUUCAGGUAUCCCAUCCAAUGGUUCAAGAACAACUCCUGGAAUACUUAUAUCAAGGUUUUCUUCUCCCAGUUCUUGGUCCAGCACUUCAUCAGAGUACAAUGGAGGAAAUUGUUGCAAGUACUGCUUAUUUGGAACUCUUUCUACGUACAAUUACUGAGCCAACGUUAUUACAAGUCUUCCUUAAGUAUCUUCUAACAGAAAGUUACGAAGGUCACAAAAUAUUAGAUACAUUAAUCAGCAGGAUAGGAGCGCAACCAAAGUUAUGUUUAGUAACCAUGGCUCUCUUUUGGAGUUUGUUGGAUUUAAAUUGUGAAGAUGUAAUGUUAGAACUAGUUUUAAAAUAUCUUGUUUCGUGCACUCACAUCAUGGUGAGCCAGAAAACUCGUAUUAGAGAUUUAGACUUCUACGGAUGUGCGGCAGAUAAAUUUCUCUCUCUUAUUCCAACAUGCUGUAUUGCUGAUUCAUCAAAUAAUUCAACUACCAACAUAGAAAAUGCUAAUGUGUCUUUAUUGGUCACAAAAGAAGCAUUAGUAAAAAGAGAGUACAUUAGUGGAAGUUUACGUAUUAAAAAACAUAGUCGCACACCAUCCACUGGCAGUUUUGCAUUUGGAGAGUUAGAUAACAUCAGAUAUAACACUGUUAACAGCCCACCAUUAAUUAAACUUUCGCAUUUUCAAACAGACUACAUGGAUUACCUUAAAGAUGCAAGAUGUAAAAUUAUUUCUUGUUUUCAGUUAUGUAAAUGUUGGUCAGCAUUAUAUAAUGGCAUAGAUCCUCCUCCAGACUCUGUAGAAAAAAAUUCAAAAUCAACACAAGAUACUAAAUUUCCUACAUUAACAAACAAUGUUUGUGUUACAGAUCAUAGGAAUAAUAAUGUUACUUCAAAUAUAUUUUUAAGUAAAAAAGAUUCUACUCAUAUAAAUAUAAAUAAAAAUUUUCAGGAAACAAAAGACAAAGAAACACUAGAAAAUGAAGAAAAUAAAAAUGUUCAGAAUGUAUAUACGAACGGGGUUUUAGAACAUGAUGGAUUAUGUUACCAAACAACUAAGAAAAGGCCAGAUAGUUUGGAAAUUAACAGAGAUUUACCAUUUAAUCAAGAUAUAUAUCAGUUGCCAAGUAUUGAUGACGAUCAGGCAUUUUGGUCUGCAGUAAAUUCAACAAAAACUCCCUCGAGUAUAAGCGAUACCGAAGAUAUUUUAGAAUCAUACGAAAACAAUAUUGAAUCGUGUAUGAUAAAUACUAGUCCUAAUUUAAUUACUGACAGUGUUAUUAGAGAAGAUGUUUCUGUUGCCGAUUCUGGAGCUUAUAUGUCACAAGAAAGUACUAAUUCCUCUUUGGAUAGAACUUCGGAAAUAAAUCAAAUUUUCGAAAAAUAUGUUCAACAAAAAGAGGAAUUCUUAGAGAGCAACACCAAUUCAAACAAAAAUGAACCAAUACCGCAUAUCCCUAUGGCAAAGAAAACAUCUAUUUCUUCUACGUGGGAAUCAUUUGGAAGUCCAGAUAUUGGUCCUUUUCUAAGUAUACUGUUAACAAGACUGGAAAUGAUGAUGCAAAAUGAUGUAUACACCAAUUUGCAUUUAACAGGACUUUUUACCCGUCUGGCAAUCUACCCACAACCUCUUCUUCGUUCAUUUCUACUCAACCACACUUUAGUCUUUCAACCAAGUAUACGUUCUCUUUUACAGGUUCUUGUUUCUUUAAAACAUAAAAUAGAUACCUAUUCUUCUACAGUAGAAAAUUUUGAAGAAUUACUAAUUAAAGCCCGACAGUUCCUAAUUGCUAGAGAAGAACGAUUAUUAGGCGAUGGACCGCCAAGAGUUUAUUCCGAAACACCAACUGUUAAAAGAAGAAGUAAUUCGGAUUUGCAGAGAGGAGAACCAAGAAGACGGAGUCUAACAAAUUUACUACUUCGUCGAACUGGAUUUUUAAAUGAGAAAGAACGUACAAACACAAUAAAACAACCAAUCUUAGAAUCAAUACCAGAUGGUCAAGGUUACAGGUACAUCAGUAAACCAUCGCCUGAUGCACCUGAAGGUAAACUUGAAACCAUUAAAACAAAAAAUGCAGUACUCUGUGCAGUAGUCCUUGAAGAAUUUCUGAAAGAACUAGCAGCAAUUACACAAGAGCACGGAGUAAUCCAAUUGGAUCCAGAUUUCUGGGACUCUGAAUGGGAAGUGUAGUUUUAUAUAGAAAUUAUGAAGUUUGUGAUGAAUCAUCAUUUUGUAAAUUUUCUUAAAAUAAUUGAGAGUUUCUCUUGUUAAUAAAACUUGAUGAUUGAUCAAAUUUUGACAUAAGUUAAAUAAUUAUGCAAAUAUUUAUAGGUAUAUAUAUUAUGGGUGCCAUCGUAAUGAUUAAUUGAGAGCAGCUGAUCUAAGUAUAUAAAUUUCUAUCAGAUCAUAGUUGUUUUUAAUUACAUGCUUAUAAAAUUUUAUAAAAUAAAAUUUUCUUGUUAGAAUACUCUUUGUUUUUCUUCAGUUAAUAAUAAUAAUAAUAAUAGUAAUAAUACUAAUGUUAUUAUUAAGAUUCUAUUUUACAUGGUUGUUGUAUAAAUAACUGUUAUCCUGCAGUUGAUUUAUUUAAUUAUUCAUAUGCUUCAACUUUAUACAUUUGUUUCAAAAUUGUAGUAAUUUGUCUUUUAAUUUUUAAAUUAUCAAGUUUUUCUUCUGAUUAUUCUUACACGGUAAGUAACAGAGAAAAAAAUUGCAUAAUUUGCGUCAGUUGAAAGCACGCAAGCGGGUGAUUAUCAGUUAAAAAUAAAAACGCCGAUUUCCUCAAAGGGAAAAAAGUUAUGAUAAUUUGAAAGUAGGAUUUAUAGUAUCCAUUUCAAUAGCUGUCACCUAUAAGAAAAAUACCUAAGUAAUAUGUUUACAGUGCGUCAUGUUAAUUAAACAUUGAAAUGAUUGCCUUUGUUAUUGCAACCGUGCAGUUUUGAUUCUGAUUGGGGUAUGAUACUCGUUGACUCGUGCAAUUGUUUCUCCGUUACUUGCCGUGUUACAAAUGCAGUGAAUGUCCGAAAGUUGCAGGGUCAGAAAUUAUUCCAUAUUUUUUAGUGUAUAUUUUUUCGUUACAGAACGAAACGAAGUUAAAAUAAUUAAUUAGAUACAGUAACGAUUAGAUUUUAUUUUUAUCGAUUGACUCUAUAAUUUUGAAAAUCUGUAAAUACAUUUCAGGUAUUUUACUGUGUUGAGAAGGUUUUAGGAUUUUAUUUUUUUAAUAAAUUCAAUAAAGAAAACUUUGUAAUUUGUUUCAAACCUGCUGUUGUAUCAAUAUAAAUGCUCUGUUCGAUAUUAUUGUUCAAAAUAACAGAAUAUAGCUGUUAGAGUUAACAUAAGAUCUGAUGGCUGGUAUCAAGCAACACGUCAAAAAUGUCUGUAUAUAUUUGUUCACAAAAUAUUUUAAAGAAAAACUUUAUUAUAAUGUUAUCUCUCUGCAGCAACGAUUACAUUUCAUUCCAGUUGUUUUAUGUUAAACUGAUAUAUAAGAAUAUGAAGCUUGAAAGUAGUUAUCAGAUCCUGUUGAAUUGCUACUAAAUAUAACUUGCUAUUUUUUUUUAUUAAUAUUAUUAUUUAUUUAAGAUUAAGUUUAUAAUCUAGUUUUACAACAAUCAGUACCUAUUAAUUUAUACAUAUAUGUAUGUAUUUAAAUUCUUCAAAGUACAAAAUUUGUUUAAAAUUUUAUACAGUCGUGAUUGAAUAAGACGAGUCUCUUAACCGAUCGCUUCAAAUGCCGACAAUGUAUCGAACAAAGUGCUACCUACUAAACAUUAGUAAGCCACUUGGAAUUCAAAAAACUGCAGCUUGAUGGUGCUGCAGAUUAUUGAAGUAGUGGAUUUUGAUAAACGGAUAAACUAAUAUAGUAUAAGUACAAUCAGAUUCUUGUCUCUGAUUGUUCUUAUAUCUAAUUAUUCUGAAAUCAAUUAAUAAGUCCACAAAUUUCGGGUAGCUCAUUAUAAGUUUCGGGGCAUCUGUCAUUAUAUAGCGGACAACCACUAAGGAUUUGAGAUUCAUAAAUAUGGUUGCUAAAUUUGUAAAAGUCUUCUAUGUUAAUUUGGAUAAGUUUUAAGUUUACUAGAGAUUUAUUUUCUGUAGUUUUAGAUAUAAACUUGGUGAUCUUCUGCCAAAAAUUCUGAUGUAGAUAUAACUGAAGAAUGAAUGGAUGCUGCAUAGAUUCAUUUCAAUAAAAUUCAAGAUAUUUCUAUAAAUUAUAAUAUUUUACUGGUAAUUCUACAAAAAACGUGAAGCGAAUAUUCAGUAGUAGUAUAGAUAUAUCUAGAUUUAUUUCAGAUUAAUCUCUUAAUUAAUCUACAUACAUUGGUAGUAGUAGGAACAUCUUGACUUUCAUUGAAAUGCAACAUUCAUUCACUUGUUGUUAUUAUUAAAAAAUUAAUUAAUUAAAAAUAUAUAUAUAUUCAUUUUACCAAACUUUUCUUUAAUAUUUGUGCUUGAAAAUAAAUAAUAAACCUGUGAUAAAUGAGGCAUCAAAAUGUAAUUUGUUCCUUUAUUAUUAUAAUUAUUAUUUUUAUCAUAAGUUAUAUACGUUAAAGGCAAUUUGCAUAACUAGUAGUAGUAAUAGUAGAAGUAGCAGUAAAAUGUUUUUUAUAUUACUACAGUUUGCUAAAUAUAUUAACUGGCGUCACGUAAACAUUAACUCGUUUCAGGUGGACGCAGUUAAUACUUUAAAAAAAUGUAUUUUACAGAGUUACGCAUCUUGCCUAUAGCAUAUGUAAGUAAGUAUUUAAUAAUCUGUAGUAUAUACAAUAUAUAUAUAUAUUGCAAUACAAUUAUGUUAAUUAUUGAUACAGAAGCAGCUAUUGUAUAAAUGAAAUUUAUAUUUAAUAUUUAUGCAAUAUUAUUUAAUUAGUUCUUUGGCAUAAAUGAAGACACCCUCAUAACUGUUUCUCUCCUAUCAUUUUCAAAUUCACUGUUUAAAAAUGUAGUUACUCAGUUUUUUUUUUUAAUUAGUGCCCCGUUGUUGUUGUUGUUGUUGUUUUCUUAUUUUUUGGAAGGUUGUGUAACGUCGGUCUUGUGUUCUGGAGUUUUAUUUUGGUGUUCUUAUAAAAACUUCUCUUAGAAAUUUUCUGAAAAAUCUAGAUUUACAUUUAGGAAUGUUUGUUGCUGUAAGUGCACUCUGGCUAAUUAUGUCGAGUAAAAGCAGGUAUGAAAAUAGGUUGGUCUGUCGUGAAUUAAAUCUUGACUUUUAUCAUUCAAUCAAUGAUUUUCACCGAAACUAAGACAAAAUAUCACAAACCGUACUCUCGUUCCAUAAGGCACUCUACCAAAUUGGGAGGAAAAAAAA